CUCUAGCAAGUUUGAAAAUUAGGUGCAUCAUAUGCAGGACCAACAUUUUCAACUGCUACUCUGAAUUUGUCUGAGUCUGAGCUGUUGAUUCUACCAACACACAACUCUGAGUGUGAAAAGGAAAAAGUGAAAAGAAGAAAUUGGGAGAAAAAAAAAAGGUAUUCUCUUCAUUCAGUGAGGUUCUGAAUUGUGCAACUUGAGAUGGCAUCAUUUGCAGGGACUACCCAGAAGUGCAAAGCAUGUGAGAAGACAGUGUAUUUGGUGGAUCAGCUCACUGCUGACAACAAGAUCUAUCACAAAUCCUGUUUCAGAUGCUACCACUGCAACGGUACCCUCAAGCUGAGUAACUAUUGUUCCUUUGAGGGUGUUUUAUACUGUAAGCCUCAUUUUGAUCAACUCUUUAAGAAGACUGGUAGCUUGGAGAAAAGUUUUGAAGGUAUUCCAAGAACUGCUAGACUUGAAAGAUCUGCUGAUCAGGUCCAAACCAAUAGCAAGGUUUCAAAUUUAUUUGCUGGAACUCAGGAAAAAUGUGUUGCUUGCAAGAAAACAGUGUACCCAAUUGAAAAGGUAGCUGUUGAUGGAACAUCUUACCAUAAGGCUUGUUUCAGGUGCACUCAUGGAGGAUGUGUAAUUAGCCCAUCAAAUUAUGUUGCCCAUGAACACCGUCUUUAUUGUAGGCACCAUCACACUCAGUUGUUCAAGCAGAAAGGUAACUUUAGCCAACUCGACAAGCAAGAAAAUGAUGAAGGGGUAACCGAGAACACAACAACAGAGUAGUAAUAGCAUGCAUGCAACUUUCAAAUUACAGUGGCAAUACAACUUUAGUUCGUGACUCUUUUUCAGGAACAUAUGUGCCAUUGUUUCAAUCCACUUUUCUCUCUUUUUGUUUUGUAUGAGAAAAAUUUUGCUAGACAAAUUUUGGGGUUAAUAAUUGAGAAGUAAUUAGUAGUUAUUUCAGCAUAA